GGAGCCCGGGAGCGAAGUUGAAGCUAAACCCCGUAAGCCAUAAAGAAGUUACAGGGGGGGCGUUUUCGGCUUCCAAUUAGGAAUAAUACUGGCUUCGUAGCAACUACUGAGGAGGAGGAUUCUAAAACCACCUCACCCGUCCCAAAGCCCGCACCCCCCUCCUUCUCCCAUGCACCCCUCCCCCAAUUCAUAAUCAAGGAAAGAAAAGAGAGCUGGGGCGCGCUCUGCUCCUCUCUGCCGGUGGGAAGCUAAGAGGCCUGAGGAGUUGCUUAGUUGGACGUAAGCAUGAGUACAAUUAAGAGGCGGGCGCCUCCGCACCCUUUGCCGUCAGCGGGGACUAAAGUGGCCUGAAAGAGCUGUCCGGCAUUCCCGUUCUUCCCAAAGGGGCUCGGAGCCGCCUCAAAGGCCGCGGGACUGAGAGCAAACGUCGGGGAUUAUUAUGUCGACUUUCCGAGGACCGGGGUUCGCAGCUCGGAACCGAAGAAAAGGCUGGCUCCUCGGGAGUCCCGCCGGCAUUUGAAACCCAGGGACGCCUAGGAUUGCCCAAAUUGCCGAGGAUCAGCAACUUUCCUCUACUGGCAUCUCAUAUUUUUAAAGAAAAUACUUUCUGUUCUCCACGUUGGUCUUUUACUACCAACAAAACACUGAAGCAGACUUCAGUCUCGUCAUUCAAAGCGUGCUUUAUAUAUGUUUGCCAAAUAUGAUCUCUAAUUAAAAGUUUAUUUUUGGUUUUGGAUGAAUCUGUGGAACUUAUGUUGUAAGAAGAAAGAGGGAACGAGACACGAUGAAAGAGAAGUCCAAAAAUGCUGCCCGGACUAGGAGGGAGAAGGAAAACAGUGAAUUUUAUGAACUGGCUAAAUUACUGCCUUUGCCCUCGGCUAUCACCUCGCAGCUGGACAAAGCAUCCAUAAUCAGACUCACCACCAGCUACCUCAAAAUGAGAGUAGUGUUCCCAGAAGGGCUCGGCGAGGCGUGGGGCCACUCGAGUAGGACCAGCCCCUUGGACAACGUUGGCCGCGAACUGGGUUCGCAUCUGCUCCAGACCCUGGAUGGCUUCAUCUUUGUGGUGGCCCCCGAUGGGAAGAUCAUGUACAUCUCGGAGACAGCCUCAGUCCAUCUGGGUCUUUCUCAGGUAGAGCUGACCGGGAACAGCAUUUACGAGUACAUACACCCGGCGGACCACGACGAGAUGACCGCAGUGCUCACGGCCCACCAGCCCUACCACUCUCACUUCGUCCAGGAGUACGAGAUCGAACGCUCCUUCUUCCUGAGGAUGAAGUGCGUCUUGGCCAAGAGAAACGCGGGCCUCACCUGCGGCGGCUACAAGGUCAUUCACUGCAGCGGCUACCUGAAGAUCCGCCAGUACAGCUUGGACAUGUCCCCCUUCGACGGCUGCUACCAGAACGUGGGCCUAGUGGCCGUGGGCCACUCGCUCCCUCCCAGCGCCGUCACGGAGAUCAAGCUGCACAGCAACAUGUUCAUGUUCCGCGCCAGCCUGGACAUGAAGCUCAUCUUCUUGGACUCCAGAGUGGCGGAGCUGACGGGGUACGAACCUCAGGACCUGAUUGAGAAGACUCUGUACCACCACGUGCAUGGCUGCGACACCUUCCACCUGCGCUGUGCCCACCACCUGCUGCUGGUGAAAGGGCAGGUGACCACCAAGUACUACCGGUUCCUGGCGAAGCACGGCGGCUGGGUAUGGGUGCAGAGCUAUGCGACCAUCGUGCACAACAGCCGCUCCUCCAGGCCACACUGCAUCGUUAGUGUCAACUAUGUCCUCACGGACACGGAAUACAAAGGGCUGCAGCUGUCCCUGGAUCAGAUCUCCGCCUCCAAGCCAGCCUUCUCCUAUGCAAGCAGCUCCACCCCUGCCAUGACUGACAACAGGAAGGGGGCCAAGUCCAGGCUCUCCAGCUCCAAGUCAAAGUCCAGGACUUCCCCUUACCCUCAGUAUCCAGGAUUUCCCACGGAAAGAUCUGAAUCUGAUCACGACAGCCAGUGGGGAGGCAGCCCACUGACCGACACAGCCUCCCCGCAGCUCUUGGACCCCGCGGACCGGCCAGGCUCCCAGCACGACGCGUCCUGCGCCUACAGGCAAUUCUCGGAGCGCAGCGCCCUCUGCUAUGGCUUUGCCCUCGACCAUCCCAGGCUGGUGGAGGAGAGGCAUUUCCACACCCAGGCCUGCGAGAGCGGCCGGUGUGAGGCAGGCAGGUACUUUCUGGGAGCGCCGCAGGCGGGGAGGGAGCCCUGGUGGGGCUCUCGAGCAGCCCUGCCCCUGACCAAGGCCUCCCCAGAGAGCAGAGAAGCCUACGAGAGCAGCAUGCCUCACAUCGCUUCGGUCCACAGGAUCCACGGGCGAGGUCAUUGGGAUGAAGAGAGUGUGGUCAGUUCUCCAGACCCUGGGUCUGCCAGCGAAUCAGGUGACCGGUAUCGCACUGAGCCGUAUCAAAGUAGCCCGCAUGAACCUAGCAAAAUUGAAACUCUGAUAAGAGCCACCCAGCAAAUGAUUAAAGAAGAAGAGAACAGAUUGCAGCUAAGGAAAGGCCCCCCAGACCAACUGGCUUCCAUUAAUGGAGCUGGGAAAAAACACUCCCUCUGUUUUGCAAACUACCAGCAGCCCCCACCGACAAGGGAGGUCUGCCAUGGCUCCGCUCUUGCCAACACUUCGCCGUGUGACCACAUCCAGCAGAGAGAGGGAAAAAUGCUGAGCCCCCACGAUAAUGACUAUGACAACAGUCCCACAGCACUGUCUCGGAUAAGUAGUCCCAAUUCGGAUCGCAUUUCAAAAUCCAGUUUGAUCCUAGCUAAAGACUAUCUCCAUUCGGAUAUGUCUCCUCACCAGACAGCAGGAGACCAUCCUGCCAUCUCUCCAAACUGCUUUGGCACACAUCGGCAGUAUUUUGAUAAGCAUGCUUACACAUUAACUGGAUACGCCCUGGAGCACUUAUAUGACAGCGAAACCAUUAGAAACUAUUCCUUGGGCUGUAAUGGCUCACACUUUGAUGUAACUUCCCAUCUGAGGAUGCAGCCAGAUCCCGCACAAGGACACAAGGGAACAUCUGUUAUAAUAACCAAUGGAAGCUGAUGUUUUUCUAAAACAUUUUGUUCUUUAAGGAUCUCUGAAACAUAUUUAUCAUUUAAUGCCCCAUUACCAGCAUUUACAAUGCCACAGAUUGUUAGAGUGGAUAAUUUAAGUUACUAGGUAUUUAACAUGUGUUCCUGUGAAAUCGAAGACAACAGCGCUGGCAUUCAGGGUUACACACAGACAGUGGAGCUGAAGUGAAUAUACACAUUGCCCCUCUAUUUAUAUGGGAAUCAGAAUAGAUUAAUUUUGAAUUGAAAAAUACUUGUGUAGAUUAAGUGAGCUUAUACACCACGUGAAAGGACUGACGGAUGGCAUGAUGAUCCAGUGAACUUCACACACACAGAUCACUAUCUGCAAACUGCUGUAUAUACUUUACAUACGGAAAUAGAAACUAUAUACCAUAAAUACACCCAGAGUAGGUUACUUUCCUUAACUUUAGCAAAUUAAGCUUCUUAAAGAAAUUUCCACUCCCCAAGUAACUAAGAAAGAGAGAGAUACCUCUUGUAAACUGGCUUCUUCUUUGUGCUUUCAAUCAUCCAGCUCAUUUGGUUCAGGCAUAAAUUAGGGAAAUAGUUCUGGAUAUGAUACAAGAAUGAGUUUUCACCUGGUUUCCAUUACAAGCAAUCAGGAAGUGGUGAUUUUUCACCUCACUUUUGAGUUAUACAAGGAACAGGAUCACACUGACAUAGCAGUGAGGGUUCUUCUAAGUAAAAACACCAAGAUGUUGGGACACACAUCAAAAGCUUGGGGGUGCCCAAAUGAAAAUAGGUUAGUAAAGAUGCAAAGGCUGGAGGCAGCAAAAAAAAGAAAUGGUAUCUCAAAACAAACAAUUUAAGGGUCAGCACAUGUAAUCAACAUAUUUGGGGCUCAUAAAACUAAACAAAUAAAAGAUUCCAGCUAAUUCACCAAGAAAAAACGCUGAUACGUGCAAAAAAGGAAAAAAAAAAAAAAAAAAAAAGAAA